CUUCAUGUACUAUUUCCUCCCUUUCCUACGGAAAGAGCCGUCCGCCCUGAACUCCCUCGAGGAAGGCGGGAGGAGGCUGCCGAGAUCCCCGCUCUGACAGGGCCGCCCUCCCGUCUCGGAAGCGUCGCCCGCAGGGGAAAGAGGCGAAGCGGCCGCUGCCUCAGCAGCAACGCGGACGGAGACGACGCAGCCGGGAAAGGCGGCGGAGGGCCGAAGGGAGGAGCGAGCGAAGGCGGCGCGAGAGGCAGGAAGAGGCCGCGGCGUGGGCAAGAUGGAAGUGAAAGAUGGAAAUGCAGCUCUUCUGAGCAAUUAUGAGGUGUAUAAGUUGCUGACUGAUCUUAAGCAGCAGCGCCGAGAGACCGGGAGAAGCAAGCAGAGUGCUGGGCAGCAGAAUUUGAAUACUAUCAUGUAUGAAACACUGAAAUACAUAUCUAAGACACCAUGCAAAUUCCAGAAUCCUGAGGUUGUAAGAGACUUCCUCUUGGCACUGAAAAGCCACAAGUUAACGAAGGCAGAAAAACUGCAGCUUCUCAACCUCAGGCCUGUGACUGCCGUUGAGAUCCAAUUGAUCGUGGAAGAAAGUGAGGAGAGGCUCACUGAAGAGCAGAUUGAAUCCCUGCUCCAGACGGUCACUAGAAAUCUUCCUGGAGACCCAGAGCAAGAAGAGCAGCAGGAGUCAGCCAUGGCUGCAGAGGAAGAAGGAGAUCGGGUAUAGAAAGACUUGGACCAUGUGGGUGGCCUUGCCAAAAUGUUAUCACUGGGGAGAGUCAGCCAAACAUUCCAGUUGCAAAGAGGUUCCAGGGAGGAUGAAGACUCCCCCCUCUCUCAUUUGCUGACUAACACACAGUGAUAUCACCCUGCAGUGUGUUUCAUGUUUGUUUAUACUCCACAAGAGCAACAAUUACCAACAACAGAAUUCUUAACAAAUGUUCUAUUUGUGGGAUAAGAAAACUGGAUUUUUCUGAGAUGCAGAUGCUGUGGUUGGUUCCAUGUGCCUUUUAUGUGUGUACUCCUUUGAGUAAGAUUUACAUGCAGCUGGCCUUCUGAUUACCAGUUGGUUUCUAGUGCUUCUGAAUGACCCGACCUGUUUGGCAAAAUACGUCUCACAAUUGAUUGCAAAA